AUGGCAAAACGCUCGCCCAAUGGACUGUUCAGUAAAGAGAUGAGGAAUUAUUUGAUGAGCACCCACUUCUGGGGACCAGUGUUCAACUGGAUGAUACCCAUAGCGACCAUAGCCGACACGCAAAAGCAUCCGAGGAUCAUUAGCGGCAAAAUGACUUUGGCAUUGACACUUUAUUCCAUGGUAUUCAUGAGGUUCGCCGUCAAGGUGCAGCCACGAAAUUUGUUGCUGUUCGCGUGCCACUUCGUCAAUUGCUUCGCACAGAUCGCACAAGGUUACAGGUUUAUCGACUACCAUUACAUUUCGAAAAGAGCGCUCGAAGACAAAGAGUGA